AUGGCGAAGAACAUCCAGUUUAGUAUUAUAGCGUUGGUGGCCGCACUGACCCUAAUCUCUGCAGCUCCUCCGACAUGUUCCAAGGAAAAAAAAAUAUUCGUGUCACAUCCUAAAUCCCUUCAAAAAGAAAAUGGUGAAAUUUAUUGUUUUUAUAAAGAAGGUCAACCAAAAUCAGAUGUUUGUGAACAUCAAUCACAAAUAGUUUAUACUUCAAACCAAAAACUAGAAUAUGUUGAAUUACAAGAAACUUCCUUUCAGUCUUGUAUUAUAUUAACUAGCUUAGACAUACCGGUCCCGGAAAUUUGUCUCAAUUAUACUGCCAAGGCCUCCGAUGAGAACUCUGAAAAUCCAGCAACCAUCUGUGUGGUAUUUAACCCUGAAGGACCAAAUAUUCCUCCAGACCAAUCAACAUUGAUCAACAUGGCAGAUGGAAAAAAAUCAAGAAUUGUUCCUAUAGAAAUGUCGUCAACUGAUGGGAUAUCAGACAUCACCAUUACAGAUGUUUCACCAAAAGAGUUUACGAAUUACAUCCGUGUGAACUCUCUUGAUCCAGAAUCGCUAAACUUCACCAUCACUGAAACCAUUACUACCUCUACUGAUAUAGAUGUAUCUAUGAUGGUAACAGAUAACGGUAAUCCUAAAUUAAAAUCAAUGGCUACCUUCAGGAUGCACGUGAUAAAUGAGUCGAUUACUUGUGAUGACAUGAUAUCGAUUGUAAAUCCUUCAGAUUCUGUUGGUAAAAAUGUCGGCAAUGCGUCCUGUAGUUCUAAAACUGGAACAUUGAACUUUACUAUAACAGAAGGCGGUGUAAAGUUUGUACGAAUGGAUAGUGUCACCGGAAGUUUAACGUUAACGUUCACAAAACCUUCUGUUGGCGUAUACAACUUAACAGUUACAGUCCAAUCAUCUUCUGCAUUGACUAUACAGUUUAAAUUACAGAUACAAGUCGGUUACCCACCAAUAUUUACCAACACACCGUAUACCUUAUCUGUUAACGAUACCACAGGGCCUGGUGUAUGCUUCAAUGAUAUUAUCUCUAUUGAUCCAACCACGCCAGAAAAGGUUAUCUAUAGAGAUAUAGAUAAUUCGGUUAUAUUUUAUUUCCCCUACAGUAACAGUACCCUAUGUACUAAAAAAGACUUGUUCUCUGAAAACCGGAAGGAUUACAAUGUACUUUAUAAAUUUGAUGGGUCUAACAAAUUUGGGUCGUCGGAAUCUGCAAUAACGAUUACAAUAAAAGUUAUAAAACAGAUUCCUGUUAUAACAUUUAAUACCAGCACAGAACUAGAGGUGUCAGAAAUCACCGUUUUGAAAACAAUCAUUACAACUUUAACUAUUCAGCCUCAAAGGCCAGUGACCGAGGUAAAGCUUACUGACCAGGCGAACCUACCGUUUGCUUUACAAGUCGGCACACCAUCUGGAUAUGAAAUAAUAGUAAAAGACGAACUGGAUGCUAACAAUACUUCUUUUUACUUGUUAUCCAUAAAGGCAAGUAAUGUAGAUGGUAUUUCCACAGCAACUGUCAAUGUAACCAUUAUGGAUAACGUAGCGCCGAGUUGUGAAAAGAAUUUAUUAGAACCAACUGUAAAUCGUGGAGUGAACGAGGGUCAUAUUGUACCAGUUGAAAAUCAAUGUAGUGAUGUUGAUGGUGAUGCCAUAACUUUUAACUUUACUUCAGAUACACCAUCUUAUAUCACAGAUCACUUUUCGAUUGUUUCUAACGAAUUCAGAAUUACUGUUAAAAAACAACUAACUGAUUUGAGUGUACAGGAAUUGAAGAGUUUGAAGUUUACAGUAGAUGUAUCGGAUAGUUUUAACUCUCAAGUACAGAUUGAAGUGAAUAUAUCGAUAUUUGUUGAUGCCCCCACUUGCGACACAAACCCUGCCAUAACAGUACCAGAGACCCUGGGUGAAGGCUGUGUAAACAUCAGUGCUUUUUGCAAUGGUACAGAUGGAUUAAGACUUGAAUAUAGCAUACCAAAUUUUAUUGCCACAACCCUAGAAAAUGGUGAUAUUCAGAUUUGUGGUGAUACAGCCUUGGAAGUGGGUACCUCUCAGAUCAAGGUUGUGGUGGAUGAUGAAUUCAACCGGCUAGAAAAAUCAACAAAUCUAACUAUAACUGCAGUGAAUAAACAUCAACCAGUCUUUGCCAACGUAGGUGGUGAAACCACUAUUGAUUUGUCAGAAAACACGACUGUAGGAUCGGAAGUUUUCACAUUUACUGUUACUGAUGAAGAUGAUGGAGAAUUUGGGAAGUUUACAGUAACGGCAGUAAUGGAAGAUUUUGAAUCGGGAAUCUUUCAAGUGUCAGAUAACAAUAUCAUUCUACUGAAAAAAUUGAAUGCAUCAUCAACAUCCGUAUAUACAAUAUUCCUAACAGCAACAGAUACUGGCGGAUUAAAUGCUAAUUUAACUGUAGUGAUAAAUGUACAGGACGUAAAUGAACCACCGGUCUGUAUUCAACCAACAACAUUCAAUAUAUCAGUGCUGAUGGAUGAAGGUGAAGUUGGAAAUCUGCCGUGUUAUGAUUAUGAUGUUAGUUCAGACUUUAAACAGAUAAGCUACAAUCUCAUUCAGCCACAGUCUAUGUCAGUUCCGAUGGAGGUAGACGACGAAGGAACAUUAAAAGUGACGGGAAGUCUAUUGGAUAAACCUGAAACUCUGGAGUUUACUGUGGAAGCUUCAACUGGUGACCAAACCACGUCUAUAAAAGUCACAGUAUAUCUUUCACGUAUGUUUCCUUUCCUUUUGACUAAACUGAUAACAAGUGACUUCCCACCAUCGUGCAAUGCCACAUCCAUCAGAACAACAUUUAAAGAAGAUUCAUCAGGAUGUAGUCAAGAGAAGAUACGAUGUUCAAACCAAGUAUCCAGUCCAAUGACCUUGGUUAUCACCAAUGAUAAAACUGGGGAUUUAGACGUUCAGAUAACUAAUGACACUGUGGAACAACUUGAUAUAAGAGUGUGUUUAUCACAAAGUGGAAGGCAAAAUUUAUUUACUUAUACGAUCGGUAUCAGAGUUGAGAAUGAACUGGGUAAGGUAGACAUUAACUGGGAAGUGAAUAUAGAAGACAUUAAUGACGCACCUUACUUCAAGGAAAAUAGGUACACGUAUCAAUUAAAUGAGACAACAAAUAAACAGACUAUGGUGGCUACGAUCAGUGUCUUUAAUGAACCCGAUCCCACUGAUCCUAAUAUCCAACUAGUUGAUCCAGAUACGCUAGACAAGUUUAAUAUCAAACAUAUUUCUGCUGACGGAAAGGUGAUGGAUAGAGUAACUAAACAGGAAAAAGCGGGUGCUGUUCUAGCUAUAUCUUAUGAUGACAAAUCCUUCACUGUAACGAGCAGUUUAAAACCUGAAUUGUACUAUCAAUUUGAUGUCCAGGCAGAAGACGGAGGUAAAUUAACAGCAUCAUCCAUCGUCACAUUUAUGGUGAAUGACGUGAAUCAGGCACCGACCUGUGAUGAGACCAACCUUCAAAAGAACCUAUCUUUGUUACAAGGUGUAUCACAAAUUUUUAUAUCUGUGGAUUGUUCGGAUACAGAUUUUGAUGAAAAUUUCAAUUCUUUGUCUUACUCUCUGCAAACCCAGACAACAGAUGUAUUUGCCAUCAGUGGCAAUGGUAACAUAUAUCUGAAUAAAAAGUUACCCAGAGGCACCAGCCAACAUAUAAUCAACAUAAUUGUAAAGGACGGUGGAGGUCUAACAACUUCUUCUACACUCACUGUUAAUGUUAACAGAGAUGUGGGUGCUGAAUGUACGCCUGUGAUUUCACCACCUAAUGUCUGGUUGAAAGAUGAAUGUAUUUCUAUAGAGAGUAACUGUGUGGAUCCAACAGCUGACGAAACUAGUACUUUAUCUUACGAAACUACAGGCGACUAUUCACCCGAUUUCUAUGUUUCUGAUGGACUAGAUGGUACCAAUGUCGAACCAUCAGCACCAGAGCUGAGUAUUGGUCCAGUAACAACCAACAGUAUCACAAUACUAUGGUCGUAUACCAGGCCUGAUGCUGUGUCCUUCAUUGAUCGGCAUAUAGUAGAAGUGAAAACAGUUGACAGUAUUUAUACAGUAGUUCAGAACAGCGUGACGUCGUAUCAAUUUAAUAAUCUCCAACCACAGGCGGUUUAUUCUUUCAGAGUAAUCGCUGAAACAAACAACAAAAACCUGACAACAAUCUAUAAACAUAUCACUACAAGAGCGAUCCCUAUUCUAACGAACGUUUUGAUAGGUUUUAAAGUAUUAAAUCGUGUUUGGAAUGAUAAAAUGGUGAAUAACCAAUCUCAAGAAUAUAAACAACUGAAACAAGAAACUGAGGAAAAUGUGAGAAUUUAUUUUUCAUUAUCAGUUUUAUACUGCUCUCAAAGAAAAAUUCGGGGUGACACAUCCUACUGUCAUAUACCUCAUGAAGAAGAAGAAAGACCAGGGAGUGUUAUAUUUGAUGGUAUCAUGUUUGUAAAUCAGAGUGGUACGGUCGAGGAUACAUCUCAAACCUUUUUAGAUCAGGUUUAUACUGGUACAUUGGGCAAUUUGACCGUACAGGACGGUAUAGUCCAUCAAGGAGAUCAGUACAUAUCCUCGGCGACCUUAACAUUGCGUGAUGGUGAUCCAGAUAAGUUAUUAGAAGGAACAUCAAUAGAAUAUGCCUGUAAAUUUAGACUAGUUAGUGUCAAUGGUGUAACUAAACCAAACGUUCGGUGGUUUUUAGAUGACACGCUUUUAAUAGUAACUCAUACACCAAGAAUCAAAAUGAGGAAUUCAACAGACUCUAAUGAUAGAUUUGGGUAUCAAUAUAUUAUACAGUUUGAUAAAGCUAUACCAAGUCAUGCUGGUUUGUUGACAUGUAUGGUUCAAAGUUCAUCAAAAUCAUCUAUCAAUUCGUCGGCAACAGAAGCAGUAAAAAUAAUCUCUAAACCAGUUGUAACACUGUGGCCAUUAUCAACAUUUUUACAAGAUGGAGAUUCAGUUACAUUAAAAUGUUCUUCACCGAUUUCUCCAGUAACUUAUUCUUGGUUUGAUGCCCAAACUGGUAUCGAGAUCUCUUCAGCCAGAAACCUGGAUUCUUACUCAGUAUCUAUUGUGGAUAAAGAUAUACAAGUAUAUUGUAAAUGUGAAAAUUUAGCAGGAAUGACUCAAAGUCCAACAGCAACAAUUCACCAUACACCCUCUAUUACUGAUAGUUUACCAUGUAGAAGUUCUACUGAUGCCAGAAAUACGACAUGGCCACCUGUUAAAGCUGGUACCAGGGUGAAGUUAACAUGUGGAGAAAACUAUAAUGGUAUUUAA